UCCCCUAGUUACAUACAGAUCUUGACAUGUUUGUUUCAGCUUGAGCGUAGUUUCCCUCUGACGUGUCAUCCGUUGGCAAGUGGUCAGAUAUGUGCUGUAUGUGCUCGUGAAUUUCAGAGCUCAGAUUACUCUACAAUGGAGGACCAGCAAGCGGGCACAAAUAUGAAGGAGAAGAGUGGAGUUUUUCUGGCUUCGAAAGUUUUCCUGGUGGGGAUGUGUGCUCUGCUGCUCCUGAUCUCAGCAGGUUUACUGUUCCUGCUGGUUCGACAGAAAGAGCUGACGGAGCAGCUGGUCAGGUUGGACGCCCAGAUGCAGGUGCUGUCCCAGAGCUGCAGGUUGCAGGCAGGAGUCCUGGCCGUGGAGCCUGCAGAGGCUGCAGAGCUGAAGAAGCUCCAACGCAGCAGAAGAAAUCAGGAGGGAGAAGCAACACAAAGCCAAGAAGAGAAGGAAAUGCUGACGAUGAUGACAUAUUCCAUGGUUCCUGUCAAGGCCUUAAUAGAGCUGUGUAAUAGCUCCAGAAGAGUUUGUUUAACAGGCCCACCUGGACCACCAGGUUUGCCUGGUAGAACUGGUUCACCAGGACCACAGGGUGUGCCCGGGCCACAGGGGAGAAGAAGAGGAAGAAGAGGACCCCCUGGUGAAAAGGGAGAACCAGGACCUAAAGGGGACCCUGGGCCUCCCGGACUGAAAGGUCCUCCUGGUCCGAGGGGUCCACCAGGUCCAGCAGCCUCACCUGGUCCAAUCUGUCCUGCUUGUUAUUCUAAUGAAGUGAGAAACAACACCAUCGGAGAACACAUCCAUCAAACCAACAUGUUGAUGGAAUCAUCUUCGUCCCUGACUGAUGUAGAAAACAGCAGCUCGACAAUCAACGAGACUGAAUCACCAACACCACACCCAACUGAUGAGAGCAAAGAUGUAUUGAAUGUUACUGACUCAGAAAAAUCUCGAAACAUAAGUACGGACUCUGUGUCAGUAGUUCAUCCAGAAAACAGCUACAACACCUUAAUUGAUACCAACACAGAGUAUGUCACAGAGGCACCAAUUCGAUUAUUAACAGCCCCACUUUCUCCAGACCAAAACAGUGACGCUUUCAAUGGAAGCGCAAACAUUUAUGAGACAACUUUGAAAAGUGAGUUAGUAUCACCUCGUCCAGACUACACAGAUGACACGUGGAUUGAAACCAGCAUAGAGACUGUUACAGCGACAUCGAUUCCCUUAUUAACAGAGCCAGUGUCGUUCAACAAAGAUGACAGCCAAGACACCCUGAACAACACAAUGAAUGUUACAGAUGGGCAGAUUAAAUUAUUAACAGUUACACUUUCUGGGGACCAAAAAAGUGAUGCUGUCAAUAACAGUGGAACCGUUCGUGAUAUGCCUAUGACAAGUGACUCUUCAAAUUCAACCCAGAAAAACAACAAGCUUAAUUUGACCAGCGGCGAAAGAUGGACUGGAACUGAAUCACCAACUUCACAUCAAGCCGACAACAACAGAGAUGUGACUGACUCUGAGACGCUGCUAAACACAAACAUGGAAGCUGAGUCAGUAUCAUUUGAUCAAGACAGCCAUGGUAACUUAAACAACACCAAAAGAGAAAAUGCUGCAGAGGCGGCAAUUCAAUUAUUAACAGCUCCACUUCCUGUGGUCCAAAAUGAUGGAACAGUUAGUGAUACGCCCAUGAAAAGUGAAUCACCAACUUCACAUCCAGUCCACAGCAACAGAGAGGUGACUGACUCUGAGAAGCUUCUAAACACAAACAUGGAAGCUGAGCGAUCAUUUCAUCAAGACAACAGUCAAGGCACAUUGAAUGAUACCACAAGAGAAAAUGCUACAGGGGCACAAAUUGAAUUAUUAACAACCUCACUUUCUGUAGACAUGGAGAGAAACGCCUUUAACAACAGUGGAAACGUUAUCCAUACGCCCAUGAAAAGUGUAUCUUCGUACCCACUCCAGACCAACAACAAAAUCAAUGUGACAACCAAUAAGAGGAGGAGAAAAACUGAGUGUAACUUUAGAUCUAUUAAAUGUCCGGAGACAGCCAUCAAAAUGCAAAGUACAUUUGGAGCCUUGAUGUCCGAAUCAUCCAGACAGGAUGAAGGUCAAUACUGGUUAGCUGAUCAUUUUUCAGGUAGACUUUUGGUAGAGCUCAGGAACUAUUCAGCAUUACAGGAUUCCAGCAACAAAAAUAUAGAUGUCAAGAGAUUCUUCCAGGGCUGUGGUCAUGUUGUCUACAAACGAUCAUUUUACUUUCACAACGCAGGAACAAACAAACUUAUAAAAUUUGACCUGAACACCAGUGGAACAAAAACUCUGACCAUGGAAAACAGCAGAUAUCACCAACUGACUUAUCUUUUCCCCAACUCAAAAACGUAUUUUAAGUUUGCUGUGGAUGAAAACGGACUGUGGGUCAUUUUUGCAUCAAAUACAGAUGAUAAUACGAUGGUUGGAAAGAUUAACCCUGACCCAUUCUAUAUGGAGUUAACCAUGAACACUCGCUACCCUACAUCUAAAGCAGGAAAUGCUUUCAUUGUAUGUGGGGUGCUAUAUUUUACAGAUGACAAAGACAGCAGAGUUACAUAUGCCUUUGAUUUAAAGAGAGAGAGACCAGUGGAUGCAAGUUUUGAUUUAAGGCCAGCAAACGGCAUCUUGGCUAUGCUGUCAUAUUAUCCCAACAAAAAGCUUCUGUAUAUGUGGGAUAGCAGCAGUUUGAAAAUCUGCAAAGUAGAACUCAAACAGACCUAGAAAUAACCACAAAGCUUGUAAAAUGAGUAAUAAAGUUAGUCUUUAAAUUAGGAUUUUUGCUUAAUGUGAAUUUCUUAAAAACACUUAUCUGAUUUUUUACAGCGGUUUACAGCAGUAGGUCACACUGGAUA